UGUUUGUCUACACCAGGAGAGGAGUCUGAAACAACAAAGAACAAUGUUUCACUCUUAGAAAACCAAGCUAUGGAUUUUCGAUUCGGUCUUAUCAUGAUUGCCUACAACCCAAAAUUUGAAGAACUGAAAGGACCAUACCUGGAAAAGUUACCUGUGGCUUUGGCAAGAUUUUCUAACUUUCUAGGGGACAGAUCUUGGUUUGCAGGGGAGAAGAUCACAUAUGUGGAUUUUGUGAUGUAUGAUGUUCUGGAUCAGCACAAAAUGCUGGAACCGUCCUGUCUGCAAACAUUCCAGAAUCUACAGGAUUUCCUAGCACGGUUUGAGGCUUUGCCUCCUAUUACUGCAUAUAUUGCAUCUCCUCAGUUUAUGAAGACCCCCCUUAACAACCGCAUGGCAGCAUGGGCCAAUCAUACAUAAAUAGGUUGACCUUUACAGAAAAAAAGCACCAAAUGUCCAAGAAUUUAACUUUGUGCUCCGAUGUUUCAUUCCCUACUCAUCAACCCAUAUAACAUCCUGCUUAAUAAAUGACGUUCUACUGAUUUAACUAAA